UGGUGUGCUCGGUGGGGCUCAUAACUGCCACCUCAUCUCCUUAGCUGAGCCUGAGUAGUGCCGUUGCUUAAGGCAGGGGAGCUGAGUGAAAAGUCCGAAUCGCCAUGCAGGAUCCUGGUGAGGCCACAGGUGGUAGAACACGGGUCGAAGAAGGCGAGGAUGGACAGCAGCGACCUCGAGCUUCCGAUAUCCAGGCUAGCUCUCAGAGUUCGGCGGCAGAGGGUGACCAAGACGAGGUCCCUCGUGAGAGUGGCCCACAAGAUGCCAAUAGCCAGUCUGUUCCAGGCAGGUCCCACCCAGGGAGCCCUUUAGGGUUAGGUGUGGCCGCUGAAGAGGCAGCUGUCGUUCUCCAAGAUGAGCUACCACCACUUCUCUCUGGACCCAGUGGAGAUGCUGUAACAACUGCAAGUCGAUCCCUGGAAUUCUCUGUAAGAGUGCCUUUCGGGUCUGCAGUAGAGGCAGACAUGGUCCGCAGGUCCCUGGUCGCCAAUGCCCAGCGCCAGCCACCAAUGGUUCCACAGGAGUACACUGUGAAUGACAGUACCUUGGUUGUUAGGUGGACAACUGAUGACAUCAGUCUCUUCCAGAUUUCCAUCAAUAGCUUUCUUGACCAGCUCUCCCUGGUGAUGAGAAAUAUUCAGCACUUCCAGUUUGUGGCUGUUGUCAAACGAGGAAGAGGAAGGAUUCAUCACACCUAAACUUUCUCCCCCUAAAAGACAGGACAAAGGCAUUUCGUGGUUUUGGUAAUUGUUACCUUGCCUUCAAAUUUCAAUGUUUUGAUGCGAUUUCCCUUUUAUCAGCCCCAUGGUUAGCUUGUUUCCCUUUUGCUUAAGGAAAGGGUGCUUAAAUGUUUGUUGCUGAACAAAAUAAAACUAACAUAUUGUGGUUUA